AUGAUGCUGACGGGGCUGGUGGGCAAUGCCCUGGCCAUGCUGCUGGUGUACAGAGCCUGCCAGAAGAAGGAGAACGCGCGGAAAAAGUCCUUCCUGCUGUGCAUCGGCUCCCUGGCGCUGACUGACCUCACCGGCCAGCUCCUCACCAGCCCCGUGGUCAUCGCGGUGUACCUGGCCAACAGGCACUGGCCGGCGGUGGAUUCCUCGGGCAACCUGUGCUCUUUCUUUGGCUUAUGCAUGACUGUCUUCGGCCUCUGCCCCCUCUUCAUAGCCAGCGCCAUGGCCAUCGAAAGGACCCUGGCCAUCCGAGCGCCGCACUGGUACGCCAGCCACAUGAAAAGCAGGGUGACCAAGACCGUCUUGCUCAGCGUCUGGCUGGCUGUGUUUGCCUUUGCUCUCCUGCCCAUCGCUGGCAUAGGGCAGUAUACUCUGCAGUGGCCAGGCACCUGGUGUUUCAUCAGCACCGGGGACAACCAUGUCAAGGGCAACACCUUCUUCGCCUCCGCCUUUGCCUUUUUGGGACUUUUCUCUCUGAUCGUCACCAUGGCGUGUAACUUGGCCACCAUCAAAGCCUUAAUAUCUCGGUGCAGAACCAAACCUUCAGCUUCUCAGGCCAGCAAACAGUGGGGCAGAAUCACCAUGGAAACACUCAUCCAGCUGUUGGGGAUCAUGUGUGUUCUCGUUGCUUGUUGGUCACCACUCUUGAUUAUGAUGUUGAAAAUGAUCUUCAGUCACACAUCAGUUGAACACUGCAAGACAUCUUACAAGACAGUCCAAAGUACAGAACUGCAGAAAGAAUGCAAUUUCUUCUUGACGGCUGUCCGCUUGGCCUCACUAAACCAGAUUUUGGACCCCUGGGUUUAUCUACUGUUAAGAAAAAUCCUCCUCCGAAAGUUUUGUCAGGAACAGCUGUUCACCAGUGCGCAUAUCUCUAAAGGUAAGGACUAAGGAAAAAAAACUGAAUAUGGAAAAGAUGUGCAAAGCCUGCAAAAUGAGACUCAAUAACUCAAGAUCUGUAAUGUGCCCCCGUAACAGAGCAGAGGACACAUGUUGUAACAUCUAAAGCAUUUUUCCAGUUAGUAAGUCUCUCUCUUGGUAUCCAUGGGGUUUGCCUGGGAUGUUUCCAUUUUAAUCCAUUUCUGUGAUGUCCUUCUUGCAAAAGUUAUGUUAUAUUCAUAUUACCGUGCCAAGCAUGGAAAAGAAGGCUGAUGCAGGAAUAGUUAUAUAAAUAGGUCAUUUACAAAUGAAAGCUGCUCUUAGGACACUACAGUACUUAGAAUAAUGUGAUCUACUAAGAGCUCUGUCUUAAUAAUUUAGUGUCAUAUCUAAAACAGAACCAAAGACACACCUUUUUAAAGCAUUCUUCAAGGCAUAUUAGGAACAUCAAUUGUGCACAUCUGUCUAAUCUGUUAUAGAAGAUGGAGAGCUUAAUUAUGGUUGAAUAUGCACAGCUCAGUAGGUUUGCACUGGUGCAAGAAAGAGUGGAAUUUGGCUGAUCCUCUGAAAAUCUGAAACACACUCUUCAGCUACAGAAGGUUUACACCAGUGUAAUUGAAAUCAGAAUUUAUCAUUUAGUGUCUUCAAGGUAAUAGAACAGAAUACAAUAACCUAGAACUACAGCGGACUGGCCAACAUUUACAAUCUGGAUAAAACAAGCUCCACUGUCGAACAGUGUAUAGUUCAGUACAAAGUUGAGUACAAAGACCACAUGUGCCUACACAGUGUCUGCCCUACUUGUGUCUAGUUCAUUAUGGUAAGCAGAGCGAGAAAGAUGCUGUAUAAAAACCAAAUGAUCCCUUUCUUUCUUUGCAGAAGUGCUUUGCACCACUUCAUGCCAAAAGAAUGUAAUGUAAAAAGCCUGUUUUUCUGUUCAAGAGAUUAGCCUUAUUCAGUUUAUAUACAUUAGCAGCUUUUCAGAAAUCUGACCCUGGUAAAGUGUGUCAAAGUGACCUCAAUUAUUUCAAUGAAUUGUGCUCUUCUGGACUUUUCUGUCAAUCAAUAGUUGAGCAACAGCAUGUUACAAUAGGAUCCUAUUUUCUCUAGGUCCCUCAUUAGUGUAGCAAGUGUGCAGAAAAUCAGAGUAAGCACUUUCUGUCCUAUUAUCACCACAUCUACUGUAGAGGCCACCGAGGAAACUUUAGUUUUCCAUAUGGUCUAACCAUCAGAUAUGCAAAUGUCAAUAUAAGAACAGCUGAAAUGUAAAAAUAAUUUAAACUAAUUGUUGAAGGGAACCAGAAAUGGGCUUUAGAGUACUGAGAAUAAUCUCAUCUGUUUUGCACUCUUGUUAUUAAAGCGGUUUUCUUAUUUAUUUUUUAAUUUGAACAAAAUGGAUCAUAUCUGUAUUAGGGUGCAGUAAUAUGAAAACGAUCAUUUUAUAAAACAAGAAAAUGGGAGAGAUGAUUUGCAGCUUAUUUGUUAAUCACAAAAGAAUUUAUGUACUUUUUGGUAGGCAUAAUCAAGAUGACAUGACUGGCAGCAAACGCACUUUCAAAGAUCUUGAUCAAAACUGUAUAGAUUUGUUUUGUUCUCCCUGGCUAUGUCUACACUGUAAAAUAGUUCGAAGUAAGAUAUGCAAUUUGAGCUACACAAUUUACAGAUCUUAUUUCAAAAUAGCUUAUUUCAUAAUUUGGCACUGUCUACACAGCACCAAAUUUCAGAAUA